AUAUACUAUAGUAAUCCAUUCUGCAUAAUGAAGAUCCUUUUAGGUGUUGGCAUCGGUGAGGGUUCAGCGUACUGGUCAUGGUGUUGCUGGCAUGCUGCGUUGACUCAUCAUCUUCACUUUGACCCAGUCCUUGUUUGGGUAUUAUAUCAGUGUCAUCAGUUCUCGGACUUGAUUAGAGUAGAGUGGGCGGCAUAUGCGGCUUUGAGCACGGCUACUGUUGUCGAUAUCCUUGUUGCAUCAUCAAUGUGGUAUCUCCUCGCUACCCCCCGCGCUGGGUUCUUCAGGUUGGAUUCCUUCAUCAACAAGCUUAUAACUUACACCGUUAAUACUGGCUGUAUCACAAGUAUAGGUUCAGUGGCAACUACAGUCACAGUAAGGUCUACAUAAUCU